UAAAGGGACUCCGGGCUCGCGCGCUCUGAUUGGCUGGACUGAAGGACAAGACCUCCUCCCCUUGGGGCACUGGCGCUCUGGGCUGUAGGUGUUGGGGUGCUGCUCCGGCUACUGCGCGGAGGAACGGCGGCCGGUGUGGCGGCGGCGGCAGGAUUCCCAGGAGCCAUGUUGUCAGAAGUCCUACUGGUGUCUGCUCCGGGGAAAGUCAUCCUUCAUGGAGAACAUGCCGUGGUACAUGGCAAGGUAGCACUGGCUGUGGCCUUGAACUUGAGAACAUUCCUCCGGCUUCAACCCCACAGCAGUGGGAAAGUGGACCUCACCUUACCCAACAUUGGUAUCAAGCGGGCCUGGGACGUGGCCAGGCUUCAGCUACUGGACACAAGCUUUCUGGAGCAAGGUGAUGUCACAGCGCCCACCCCAGAGCAAGUGGAGAAGCUGAAGGAGGUUGCGGGCUUGCCUGACGACUGUGCUGUCACCGAGCGCCUGGCUGUGCUGGCCUUUCUUUACUUAUACCUGUCCAUCUUCCGGAAGCAGAGGACCCUGCCGAGCCUGGAUGUGGUAGUGUGGUCGGAGCUGCCCCCCGGGGCGGGCUUGGGCUCCAGCGCCGCCUACUCAGUGUGUCUGGCAGCGGCCCUCCUGACCACGUGUGAGGAGAUCCCAAACCCGCUGAAGGACGGGGAGCACGUCAACAGGUGGACCAAGGAGGAUUUGGAGCUCAUUAACAAGUGGGCCUUCCAGGGGGAGAGAGUGAUUCACGGGAACCCCUCCGGAGUGGACAAUGCUGUCAGCACUUGGGGAGGAGCCCUCCGAUACCAACAAGGGAAGAUUUCAUCCUUAAAGAGGCCGCCGGCUCUCCAGAUCCUGCUGACCAACACCAAAGUCCCUCGCAGUACCAAGGCCCUCGUGGCUGGCGUCAGAAACAGGCUGCUCAAGUUCCCAGAGAUCGUGGCCCCGCUCUUGACCUCGAUAGAUGCCAUCUCCCUGGAGUGUGAGCGCGUGCUGGGAGAGAUGGGGGAGGCCCCAGCCCUGGAGCAAUACGUCGUGCUGGAAGAGCUCAUUGACAUGAACCAGCACCAUCUGAAUGCCCUCGGCGUGGGCCACAUCUCUCUGGACCAGCUCUGCCAGGUGACCAGGGCCCACGGACUGCACAGCAAGCUGACUGGUGCAGGUGGCGGUGGCUGUGGCAUCACACUCCUCAAGCCAGGGCUGGAGCAGCCAGAGGUGGAGGCCACGAAGCAGGCCCUGACCAGCUGUGGCUUUGACUGCUGGGAAACCAGCAUCGGUGCCCCAGGUGUCUCCAUCCACUCAGCCACCUCUCUGGACAGCCGAGUCCGGCAGGCCCUGGAUGGCCUCUGAGAGAAGCCGCAACACUGCAGCCCCACCCAGAGGCCCCUUUCUGGAGUAUUCUGGGGGCUGCAGCUCGCCCCUGUGCUGACCAGCAGGCACCCAGCUGCUGACGCUGCUGGAGAGGCCCCGAUCGCUCGCGAUGCCUUUCCCGCGGAGCUCCGCAGGCCAGCAGCGGGACCUAGAGGGGCAGGGUCUGUGCUCUCUAUCCUCUGGAGCCAGCCACGCAGGGGCCCAGGAGGAUCCUCUGAGGUUCCAGACCCGAGACGAGAGGGGCUGCUUCCCCAGGCUCCCACAGUCCCGUCUGCUUCGGGCCCCCGCCUUGACCUUCAAUCUUGCUGGCCGCCUGGGUCAGAUGCUCCGACGCUCCUUGGCUGGGGCGUGGUUCCCAAAGCAAGGAAACCAGUGCCUUCUCUCUCCCCCUGCAGGAACUGCCCCGUCUCUCAGGGCCAGGUCCCUCCCUCCCAGAGCACCUGCUGUGUGGCUGGCUCAUUCAGCACUUGGUGUGGCCUUCCCUUCUACCCAGUGGGGCGGGGCGGGGCUCCCCCAGGGGCUGUCGAGGAGGCAGCAGCCUGGUUAAAUAAGGCAGGGUCAAUGUGCAGUUUCUUCCAAUCUGUACCUGAGAGGUUUGCAAAAAAGAUGGCAAAGGGAAAAUAAAAAGAUUUUGUGUCAACAGCAGACUGGCCACCAGCA